AUGAAAGUUUCUCUUUCAGGUGGAAAUAAGGAUAACAUCAGAGCAGGAUGCAAGAAGUGUGGUUAUCCUGGUCAUCUGACAUUUGAAUGUCGAAACUUCCUCCGAGUAGAUCCUCAAAGAGAUAUUGUUUUAGAUGUUAGCAGCACCAGCAGUGAAGACAGUGAGGAAGAAGAACUACAGAGAUUGCAAGCCAUGCGUGAAAAAAAGAAUUUAAACGAGGAGGAAGAAAAAAAGAAACAAAAAAGAAAAAGCAAAGAAAAAACAAAAUUAAAGAGACCAAGGAAAAGAUCUUCCUCAUCAAGUUCAGCUGAAGAGGAUGGGCAAAAGUCAAAAAAACAAAAAUCACACAAAAAAGAAAGGGAAAAGGAAAAAAAGAGUAAAUCUAAGAAAGGAAAACAUCGUAAAAAGGAGAAAAAGAAGAGACGAAAGGAAAAGAGUUCAUCUUCUGAUAGUUCAGACAGUUCUAGUAGUGACUGAGUUGGUGGCCUAUUUUUGCUUUCAAUUCUGCAGGGAAGAUGGUUUUCGUUUCAAGUAAAAUUUAUUUAUGCUUUGCAAUGCUGUUGUUUUAAAAUGAGAUAUAUAUAUUUUUAAGAAAUCUAUUUGCAAAUAUCAGUGCUUCGAAUUAUUAAAUGAACCAUUUGGGAAAAAAUCUGCUCUUCUAUUUCAUGUUUAUUAGUACUGAACCAUGCAAGUUUAACUAGUUCUUCACUCUUAUUCUUAGUUCGGUUGUGAUUAGCUGUGUUUGGAAUCCUUUACACUAGGAUAUGGUAAACUUCAGUUUCUAAGUCUUUGUGUA